UGUGUAACCUGAUUCCUGGGCUUGCAGGACAGUUCUGGUGCUUACCAGCCAUGGCAGGGCAGCGUCACAGCUGCUAGCCCCCCUUUUUAGGCAGCAGCCACUGCAAACUUUACACAGAAGCUGAUUCGUAUGGUGGUCAAAUAUCUCUGGGGUUGGACUAGGCAAUUCUGUGUUUGUUUUUGGAGGUUUUUAUUUUAUUUAUGAACUUUUAUUUAAUCAGGACGUGCCAUUGAGGUUAGAAGACCUCUUUCCCAAGGAAGACUUGGAAGUUUUCUGGGUAUAUUUAUAUUUUUUGGAGCAUAGAAAAGAACAAAAAUGGAUAGGAAAUUGAAUCUUAACCGAGCCGAGACUUUUUCCUUCAUCAACCCUUGGAUAAGGUACUUCCUGUUCUUUUUCAGCUUCUUGUUCUGGGUCUUCUCCUUGCUGAUUGUUGCUAUAGGGGUAUAUGCAAAGGUUCAAAAAGCAACAGACACGGUCAGAGACACGUUCCUGAUCGACCCGGCGGUCAUCCUGAUCGUGGUGGGCGUGGUCAUGUUCUUCAUCACCUUCUGCGGCUGCAUCGGAGCCCUGCGAGAAAACAUUCCCCUUCUGAAGACGUUCUCCUUCAGUCUGACUCUGGUCUUCCUCACUCAGCUGGCCAUAGCUGUCCUGGGCUUCUUCUAUUCAGACCAGACACGAGACGCUCUGGGGAAGUUUGUGAAUAAAGCCAUCGUGCACUACAGGGAUGACCUGGAUCUGCAGAACCUCAUGGACUACAUUCAGAGAGAGUUCAAGUGCUGCGGCUGGAACAACUACACUGACUGGUCAUGGAACCUGUACUUCAACUGCACCCAGGGGAACCCCAGCUCUGAGCGCUGUGCUGUCCCUUACUCCUGCUGCACCCCCGUACCAGGAGAGGUUGUGAUCAACACCAUGUGUGGCUUUGGGGUCCAGACUCAGAACUACCUGGAGGCCACCAAGUCCAUCUAUCCAGUGGGUUGUGCAGACAGGGCGGUUCUGUGGAUUGAGUCCCACCUGCUAUUGGUGGGGGCUCUAGCUCUGGGUCUCUCCCUGCCUCAGAUUGCAGGCAUUGUGCUCUCCCAGAUCCUCAUCUCUCAGAUCCAGGAUGAGAUCAGCUCAGUGUUGUGAGAAGAGGAUAGCCCGACCGACACAGAAAAUAACAGAACGACUAGGAGAGAACAGAGAGAAGAACUACUGGCCACUCCAGUUAACAAAGGACAUCCAUCUACGGUUUACAUUACACAGCCUCCGGAGCAUCCGGUUUAGUGGUGUGCUGUAUAGACCGUAUGGAAGUGUGUUAUUAUAUGCUGGACUUAGAUGACUAAAGGUUGACAUUGAAAGUGUUUAUUUAUUACAUGAUUUUAAAUAUGAUUUAUAUUGACAUGAGGAUAUUCUUUUCUGAAAAUGACGUAUUAUUUAUAUUUCAAAGUGUGUUUGCUAAUAUAAUUUGCUAUAUAACAUACUGUAAAUGUUGUGUUACAGAACAUUCAAUUGAACAUAACAUUUUCAUAAAUGUUGAAGGUAUACAAAACAUCAUUGGAUAUUGAUCAUUGAUAAUAGACCGUGUUGAGGAUCCAGGUGAUCGUUUCUAUUAGGUCCAUGUACCUGAAGAAUAAAGGCCAUAUUCUUCCACCAAACAUCCAGUCAAUUUGGGAAGGGUACCUCUGCAGUAGCCCCUGGUCCAGACUCAGUGUCAUCCAGCUUUAGGCCCUCUGUGCCCAGGCUAGGCAUGCAGGACAUGGGCUCUCUGGAUCAGCCGGUCAGUGAGGGGAGAGUUGGGCUUAGCUGCCUCACGCUCCACCAACAGACAUCUCCAGGAGGACAGCACAACACAAGACAAAAGGACAGUUCUAGAUUGAGUUCCUUAAGUAGAACAUCUAACUGGAGAACAAAAAGGCUCUCAGCAAUGGUAAUCAGUAGAUACAGAACACAGAGAAUUGUGUCUCUAUUGCACCCAGACACGCUUGCAUUUUACAGACUUCAGGGGUGUCAAUAAGGACAAGCUUAGCCAUGGGAACAUAGUGAUGAAAUUCAACAGUCAAGAUUGCACUGUCGAGAUAUUGUUUUUUCUUCUACUCCCCUAACGAGGGCGCGCAGGGAGCAGAAGACGAGAGAAAAUAAAAUCUUACUGGACAGAGGACCAUUUUCUUAGUCAUGUGUAUUAUACUAUACAAAUAUUGUACAGAUAAAUCAAUAUUGUGUAUUUAGCCAUUCCCUUUUGUUGGGUUCUAACUUAAAACGUAUUCUUGUCAUUAUAUAAAGAACUUAUUGAUUACGUUACAUGUAUAAUAAAUGCAAGCGUCAAGGAUCGAUGAAGGGUGAAUAGGAACUCUGUGUAUGAAAAGUUACUACGAGAGAAAAGGGAAAAACAGUAUGACCGAGGUCUGUCGAGUAAGGCGAAUAGAACGUCACUUGUAAACAUCAUGGAGAAGUGACCGGAUAAAGAGUAGCUGCUACCAGAUGGCUCGAUCACGAAGACAACAGCACAAGAGACAGUACUGGCCUACAGAUAGCAGUUGAGAAGUUACACCCCUAAUCUCAUCUUGACAUAUAAAUGGUUGUUUGAUCAUGUGCAAAGUGUGAUUGCAGCUGAGGCACCCAGUGGGUUGAAUAAAACAGGUUAAAAUGUUUUACUA